GCCCAGCUGCCGUCCUUCCAUUUUGUGCAGCUAAGCUAACGCCAGCUAACACCGUUUUGCGGCAGAGAUGGAUGACGGUGACGAGCCGGGUUUAGUCUUGUCGCACAGCACCUCUUCGGGCUCCAAGUCGGGUGGGGACAAGAUGUUUUCCCUGAAGAAGUGGAAUGCAGUAGCCAUGUGGAGUUGGGACGUUGAGUGCGAUACUUGUGCCAUUUGUCGGGUACAAGUAAUGGACGCAUGCCUUCGAUGCCAGGCGGAGAAUAAACAAGAAGACUGUGUUGUUGUAUGGGGAGAGUGCAACCACUCCUUCCACAACUGCUGCAUGUCACUUUGGGUGAAGCAGAACAACCGCUGUCCUCUCUGCCAGCAGGACUGGGUGGUUCAGAGAAUCGGCAAAUAAGCACCACAUCCAGGUGUACUGUGCACGGAUGCACCAGAAC